AUGACUUUUAGAUGGUGUGACACUAGGUGUGUGCGAAAAUGGUGGCUCGCGAAAUCAAAUGUAUUACAUACUCCCAGUGUAAAACUAAGUUUAUCAUGCAGUCGGAUGGGACCAUUUUGGGGCCAGUUAGUUCCAGAAAACAAAGCAUUCUAUUCGGGGAGAUGGGAACCUUCCUUGUCUGGAAAAGCGUUUUCGGUUGUGAAUCCGGCUACAGGUGAACAUUUAGGUUUGGUUCCAGCUUGUUCAAAGAAUGAAUGGAAAUCGUCAUUCGAUGCACGUAAUGAAGUUCUGUCAGGUGUUUCCGCUCUGGAAUGGUAUGCUGAGGAAGCUAAACGUGUUUUUGGUCUUUAUAUUCCAUCACUAAGCUCUCAUUCACGGCGUCAGCUAAUUGCUCAACAACCAAUUGGCGUUGUUGGUGUAAUUACUCCGUGGAAUUUUCCACUUUCUAUGGUAACACGAAAAGUUGGUGCUGCUUUGGCUUCAGGAUGCUCUGUAAUUAUUAAACCAGCUGAAGAUACUCCAUUAACAUCAUUGGCUAUUACUUAUCUUGGUAUUGAAAAAGCGGGAAUACCUCCAGGUGUUUUGAAUGUAAUCACAGCCGCAGUUGAUGACAAUGGAGCAGAAGAAAUCGGAAAUGUAUUAUGUACUCAUCCCAUUGUUCGUUUAAUUGGAUUUACUGGCUCUACAGAAGUGGGAACGAUGCUUUACGCCAAAGCUGCUAAUUAUGGUAAACGCGUUCUUUUGGAAAUGGGCGGUAAUGCUCCGUUUAUUAUUUUUGAUUCUGCGAAUAUUGAGAAAGCCGUUACUGGCGCAGUAGGAUGUAAAUUUCGUUGUUCUGGACAAACUUGUAUAUCAGCAAAUCGUAUUUUUGUUCAUGAUGAAAUACAUGACGUAUUUGUUAACAAAUUAACUGAGGCCGUUUCUCGUCUUCACAUGGGUAACGGUGCUAAUCCAAAUACCAAUUUAGGUCCAGUUAUCAAUGAAAAGGCUUUAACUAAGAUUGAAAAAUUAGUUAAUCUAGCUGUAGAACAUGGUGCACAUCCAUUAAUUGGUGGCCAUAGUAGAUUAAAGGGUAAAAAUUCAUUUGGAUUUGAUUACUCCAAUGGUUAUUUUUAUCCGGCAACUGUUCUGUCGAAUUGUCACACAAAAAUGGCAUGUAUGGAAGAGGAGGUUUUCGGUCCUGUUGCUUCAGUUUGCAGGUGUGUUUCAUGA